AUGCCAGAGCUUAACUCGGACGACGAGGUCGCGUUGCGGGCUGAUGGAACAACUGAGGACUCUGAUGACGAGGACGUCGAGUCAGACGAGGAGGAUCAUCCUUCUUCUGACGAGGAAGGAGACGUUACCACGGCAAUAGAUGACGAUGAAAGUCCUCCGGAGGGCACUUUCCGACCCCAAGAUAACUUCAACACCCUCAUGGAGGUGUUCCGCUUCAUUGUGGGUUGCAACGACGGCGCUGGGCUCUCCAAUGAGAGUACUGUGUGGCUUCUCAACCUGCUGCGAGACGAGCGUCUGGACCUGGAGCUCAUUCGACACUGGCGAACUCUCUGCGCGGUUAUACGGUUCGGCAUGGCGCUGCUCAUGUCUCAGCGACAUGGACUGUCAGCCAAGGACCCGAACGGGGAGGAACGCUUCUUCCUACCCUUGCUGUUCUUGUACGUGGCCGACUAUCCCGAGACCUGCAAGGUCUCCUGCACACAACAGCUCGGCUCUGUGAUGCCAUGCUCUCUCUGCUGCGUGGCGCGGGACGACCUUCGAGACAUGGACCGCGAACCGGCCAAGCACCGUACGGUGGAAGAUCAGGAAGCUCUGCUGCGCGAUCUCAACGAGGCGAAGAAGCACUCGACCAUUCCUGCCCCGAGCUUCCUGUGGGCCUUCAACUUCAGCCGCACCGUGUGGGGCAACACGUACCUCUCCCAGAUGCCCGAUAUUCUGCACGGGAUAUACAUCGGCUUCUGGCUGUACAUCCGAAGUGUCUUGCGCGGCAGCCCCAUGAGCGCCAGGCGCAAGGAUGAGAGAGGUGGACUCCCACAGGAGUACUCCGCGGCAGUGUACGAGAACGCACACAUCCGCACGUGCAAGCUGCCCUACAGAACCUCCAAUCACCGCCAGCCUUUGCAGGCCAUUGCCGCCCACAACGUGCGCGCUUCUGCGAUGGGCCAGCUGACCUCUGCUCUCCCAGCACGCAGGCGCAACCAGACCGCGCUGACCCGGGCGAUCGCAACGGGCACCCCACAGCUGACGCUCGCGCGGAGGUCCCUGACUGCACGGCCCGACCACGAGAGCAGCGCGGCGUCAGUCUUUGAGGACAUCAACCUGGCGGUGGGCGGCCUGCUGUACUACUAUGACACCGCGAUGCGCAACGCUGGGCUGAGGCCGUUUCCGGCGUGGGCGCACACGGCGGUGGCGCUGCCGGCCUUCCCCACUGACUAUGGGCACAUCCGGCCCCACUACGCACGGGCCGCUGCAUCUCUGCAUGGCCACACGGCCUUCUCCUGCGUGGAGUACCUGUCCUCUACUGGCCGUACCGUGUACGGCCGCCUGAUCCUGCUGCUGGAUGCAGAGAGGCCGCUGGACGACAGCAGCUACGAGCCUGCAGAGGUGGCUGUGCUGCAGCGGCUGAGCCAACAGGGGCUUGAUGAGUGCACGGGCUACGAGGUGCUUGGCCCGCCAUCGCUGUAUCGCGGGCUGGCUGUCGUCCCCAUCGACCGGCUCAAGCGCGCCGUGCACUGCGUCCCUUCAUUCGAGCAGAAGGACGUGUGGUUCCUGAACAAGUGGGCCUAUUUGGUGAAUCAGGAAGUGAUGUAG